AUGAAAGUAAAAGUUCUUUCUCGAGCCGCCUCAGAGUAUACACGUGAAACGCCUCAAGAUAUUCACAAAAUUAAACGGAAUUAUGACCCCACAUUACACCCUUUGGAAAAGGCUCGUGAAUACACCAGAGCGCUUAAUGCCGUAAAGUUGGAACGAAUGUUUGCAAAGCCAUUCGUUGGUGCAUUAUCUGGUCAUUCUGAUGGCGUUUAUUGUAUGGCCAAACACCCUAAAAAGCUAACCACCAUUGUGACGGGGAGUGGUGAUGGAGAAUUGAGGUUAUGGGAUUUGUCGAAUCGGGAUACAAUAUGGAAGGUUGUUGGACAUAAAAGCAUUGUGAAAGGUGUCUGUUGUAGUCCGACAAAGGGAAAUUUAUACUUUUCUUGUGGAACCGAUAAAACCGUGAAGAUUUGGAGUCCUGAUCUAUCGGGUCAAGAUCCAUUAAGUACCUACAUUGGAAAAUUUGCUUUCAGUGCGAUUGAUCAUCAUCGUCAUGACCCAAUUUUUGCCACUUCCGGAUCACAAGUUGACAUUUGGGAUGAAAAUAGGUCGGACCCCAUCAAAACUUUGAGUUGGGGUGCAGAUACAAUUAAUACUGUUCGAUUUAAUCAAAUAGAGACAAACAUUCUGGGCAGUUGUGGUACGGACAGAACCAUAAUUCUUUAUGACCUCAGAAUGAAUUCCCCACUGGCAAAAUUAGUUUUGCAGAUGAGAACAAAUGCUAUAGCAUGGAAUCCAAUGGAAGCAUUCAACUUUACAGCGGCGAAUGAGGAUCAUAACUGUUACACAUUUGAUAUGCGCAAAAUGGACUAUUUAGAUUAUUCGCCAACAGGUGAAGAAAUAGUCACUGGAGCUUAUGAUCGAACAUUGAGGAUUUAUUCAUCACGUCAAGGACAUAGUCGAGAUAUAUAUCAUACCAAACGAAUGCAGCGCAUUUUUUGUGUUAAAUUUAGCAUGGAUUCAAAAUUUGUUCUCUCUGGUUCAGAUGAUGGUAGUAUUCGACUAUGGAAAGCAAAAGCAUCCGAGAAACUUGGACCGAAGGACUAUAGAGAACGUGCUCAUUUGGAAUAUCAAGAGAAACUUAUUGAUCGAUAUAAGUACCUUCCAGAGAUUAGAAGAAUUGCAAAACAUCGUAAUGUCCCAAAGGCAAUUAAAAACGCUCAGAACACCAAGCGUAUUAUGUUACAAUCUCAGCGACAGAAAGAAGACAAUUUGCGAAGACAUUCCAAAAAAGGGACGGUUCCAUAUCAAGCAGAGAGAAAGAAACCGAUCGUUGGUAUUGCUAAAUAA